UGGGGAAAGGAGUGAAGGGGGAGUUCGAGUCAUGCAACUCCGCUCUCAAUUGCAGUUUAUAAUACCGUUGACUACUUGCAGCAGUGCUGCUGAACUGGAAUGGUCGUUGCACUCAAUGAGAAUGGCUUGUUCUAAUUCGCAAGAGUAAUGGCGUUGAAGGUGACGUGGUAUUAGUACUUUGCAGCCUACAAGGAGAUGAAGAAGUUGUUGCUUGGUUGGUUUACCAAUUUUGACGGGGAGAGCCAUAUGCUUAUCGCGGGAAUGUGCUGUAAAGAAGCGGUGUUACUCACGGAAAAAUAACCACUGGAAACAACUGUUAAAAUAAGCGCUUAUUGGUUUCAGUACUGUUUAGGUCCUGCUGUUUAAAUAAACCGUUAAAGUGAUUUUAAAAAAACAGUUAAGCCUGCAACGAACUUUGGGUCUCGUACCAUGGCAGGUACUCCAGUGUCAGGUGUGCUGCUGCUGUGCGCAUCGCUCCUGCCGUUCGCACAGCCGAGCGGACAGGUUCCCAACUGCCAGGUGGUUCGCUCGUCCUUCCAGCUCCUACACCCAGGGGUGAGGUGGACCCCCGAGACUCCUGUUUCAGGUGCUGAACUGCAGGUAUGCCAGGCCCGGGGCCCAACCUGCUGCUCGCGGAAGAUGGAGGAGAGGUACCUGGUCGUGGCGCGGCAGAACAUGGAGUCCAGUGUGCAGGCCUCCAGCGCCCCGCUGAAGCUCCUCAUCAUACAGAACGCGGCCGUCUUCCAAGAGGCCUUCGAGAUGGUGCUGCGUCACGGGCGGAACGCCACCCUGCUGAUGCUGCGGGAGGAGUUCUCGGGCCUGGGGGCCGGCACUAACAGCGCGGUGGGCCAGCUCUUCCUGGACGUCUCCCUGUACAUCCUGGGCUCGGACUCCAGCGUGGACGACAUGGUCACCUCCUUCUUCUCCCGCCUCUUCCCCCUGGCGUACCGGCGCCUCCUGGGGGCCGGGGAGGGGAACGGCGGGGGCGGGCCGGUCUCGGACGAGUGCCUGCGGGGGUCCUGGAGGGCGGCGGGGGCGUUCGGGCCCUACCCCAAGCUGGCGAUGACGCGGCUGUCGCGGGCCCUGCUGACCACGCGGGUCUUCCUGCAGGCGCUGAACCUGGGCAUCGAGGUGGUGAACACCACCCACCACCUGCGGGCGGGGAGGGAGUGCGGCCGCGCCCUUCUGCGGCUCUGGCACUGCCCGCUCUGCCUGGGCCUGAGCCCGGCCCCUCCCUGCCGCGGGGCCUGCCUGGCCGCCAUGCGCGGCUGCCUGGGCGGGGCGGGGGAGGUGCAGCCCCACUGGAGGGGGUACGUGGAGGGGCUGGGGGCGCUGGACGGAGUCAUGCGGGCGGAGCGGGGAGACGUGGAGGCGGCCGUGCUCGGUCUGCCCGCCCUCGUCCGGCUGGGCCUGCGACACGCCCUGGCUGCCCGCGGACGCAUCGUCAGCAUGGUGAGCAGUAUGUGCGCACGCUCCCCCCAGCGUGUCUCUCGCUCUGCUGCGCCCCCUCCUGGCCGCGCCCCACCUGCUCCUAAGCCCCAGCAGCCUUUGCCCUUUGACCCGGAAGAGACCCUGGCUGGACGACGCAGGGAGUUCAUCAACAGCCUGAGGAGCUUCAGCAGUUUCUACAGCGGCCUAGGAGAGGCGCUGUGCAGCAGGGAGCCCGGCGUGCUCAACGACUCCCUCUGCUGGAACGGCACGGAAGUGACUGACAGGUUUCCAGCUCCGGGAUCGAAGCGAGCUCCGGCCCACAGCGCAGACUCCAGGCCCAGGGGCCCGGAGCCCGUCAUCAGCCAGAUCAUCGACAAACUCAAACACAUCAACCAGCUCCUGUCAAUGGUGACAGUACCUGACAGACCCUGGCGAGCACGGCCAAGAGGGGGCGCCAUUGAGCGAAGGAGAGGCGGGGAUGAUGAUGAUGAAGAUGGGGAAGGCCUCGUGAGUGGGGACUGCGAUGAUGAAGAUGAGUGCAACGAGCUUUCGGGGCUGGGGCCUCCCCCUCGUCGCAAACGCCUCCGUAUUUUUGCAGACCUGGCGGAUAACCUGGCCAUCGACGACCUCACCUUCCACCAGCAGCUGCUGACUCCUCUGCUGUCCACGGGCGGGGAGGGGGCGUCGUCUGUGAAAGGUGGGGCCAGGGGCCAGAGCGGGGCCACCCCAGGGGCCAUGGCCCUUCUGACUGUCCCAGUGCUCCUGCUCCGGCUCAACUGACUGGAUACGCUGAUUCCCGACCCGGCACUUUCUUUUUGUUUCUCUCUUUCGUUUUCUUAUUCUCUCUCUCUUUCUCUCUCUCUGUGUCUCUCUCUCUUGCCAUUUCUCCUCCCCAGAUUCUUGGACCUAACUAAAAUCACCAGGUGCUAUAAAAUUGGCUUUACAAGUACAUGUUUUUACAGCAACUCCCAAUGCAUCUCAGAAUCUUAAUAGUUUGGAAUUCAUCAUCCUGACUGGUGUGCGUUUGAGUUUCAGAAACUGGACAUCUGCUUGUGUCCCACCCCCCUUCCCCCAUGACUGUUUUAAAGUGAGGUACUUACUCCAGCUCUUUCUGAACUGCUUCUACCAGUACAGAGGCACAA